UGACGUCAGUUUGUGUGCGACUCGGGCGGGAGAUUUGAGCGCACACCGCUGUUGGUUGUAGUUUGUAGGCAGCGCCGCGUUCAAGCGCUUCUCAGACAAGUUUGUGGAUGAAAACUCAAACUGAAUCGAGUGUUUCGCCGCAGGGAAAGGUCAGUAUGGACGAAAGGGAGCUUAACGUGAAAGUGGGAGAUUGUAAGGAUGUUAAUUGCUCGCAGAGGAGACGGUCACCGCGGUUGAGUUCUCCUCCUCAGGCUGCCUUCAGCAAAAUGGCGCUGGUUAAACGCUCCAUCACCGUGAGGAAAAUAGCGCCCAGGAAAACAGUCGCGCCGUCGGAGAACAAUAAGGAGAACACGCCGAGGCGGUCCGGGUCAGAAGAGGUCCAGAAGACGAAGCCUAAGGUGUCCACUCCAGGUGUUACACCGCACCGUAGGGGGUCCACCCCGGCCAAGAAGGCGGCCGCCAUGCCCUCGCCCAUCCUCCCGUCUUCACCUCCUCCUCCUCCGCCGGCUGCUGCAGAUCCAGUGGACCCGGUGUGGUCGCAGAAGGUGCGCAGGUCCUACAGCAGGCUCAGCAGCCCCGACUCCAGGGUCAGCAUGUUCGGCUUUGAGAGGAUGAACACCCCGGAGGUCGUCAAGAGGGUCCGACGAUCCAAACCGGGUCUGGAGCUUUCUGGAUCCGCGUCCGGCCUGAACUCUUUCACGUCUCUGAUGGAGGCGGAGGUCUGCUGCGCGGCACCGGAGGUGGACACGGACAUCCCGGGGGUGCUUUUAGUGAAGGAGAAGAGGAGGAGGAGGAAGGUCCAGCAGAUCGGCUCCACAGAGAUGGACGCGCUGGCUGCUCAGAUGAACGCUGAGUUUGAGGAGGCUGAGGUGUUUGAGUUGUUCGUGGAGUAGAAGAAAAUACUUUUUUUAAAGCAUUUUUUCAGCAUGUCAUCUCUGACAUGCUGAAAACACACAGACUCUGAGGGGGGGGGGGGGGGGGGGGGCACUUAUCUGGUUAUUCAUACAACAACAACAAAAAGAAAAUCAAGUUUUUGAGUUUCAGGCUCUGCAAAUUCAGCAUUUUUAUUCUUUUGAGAUUUAUUUGUUUGAGUGCUCUUAAUGUGGUUGUUUUGGUCACUAUGUGAUGAUAUCGUAGCAAAGUGUUGUUUGAAAAUCAAUAAGACCAGUAGUUAGACAAGUAAAGUGUCUUUAAUUAUCUAUCUGGUGCCAUGUGAUCUUUCAAAUGUCUGUCUUGACAAAACAUCCUAAUAUUUUCUGUUGUUUUCUUUUAAUCUACUUUUUCUCUUUUUUAAACUAAGUGGAAGGAGGCGCAUAAAGCUGAGAGGGAAAACAUUUGACAUUUAAACCUGGGUUGUAUUGAAGUUGUAGUUUGAUGAAACAACUUUUUUUUUAAAGCAUGUUGUUGUUGUUUUUCCAUCUCUGACAUGCUGAAAACACACAGACUUUGGGAGGACAACACACAAAAAGAAAUCAAGUUUUUGAGUCGCUGUAGUUUCAGGUUCUACAAAUUCAGCAUUUUUAUUCUUUUGAGAUUUAUUUGUUUCGAGUGCUCUUAAUGUGGUUGUUUGGUCACUAUGUGAUGAUAUCGUGGCAAAGUGUUGUUUGAAAAUCAUAAGACCAGUAGUUAGAUAAGUAAAGUGUCUUUUUAAUUAUCUAUCUGGUGCCAUGUGAUCUUUCAAAUGUCUGUCUUGACAAAACAUCCUAUAUUUUCUGUUUUUUUUUAACUAAGUGGAAGGAGGCGCAUAAAGCUGAGAGAGAAAACCUUUCACACGUAAACCCUGGUUGUAUCGAAGCUGUAGUUUGAAAACUUUGAACAUUUGCAUUAAUGUUGGGAUUUUGAGUAGAGCUACAACAAUUAAUGGAUUAGCUGUUAAAUUCAUUGUCAACUAUUUGUUUUUGAGUCGCUGUAGUUUCAGGCUCUGCAAAUUCAUCAUUUUUAUUCUUUUGAGAUUUAUUUGUUCGAGUGCUCUUAAUGUGGUUGUUUUGGUCACGAUGUGAUGAUAUCGUGGCAAAGUGUUGUUUGAAAAUCAAUAAGACCAGUAGUUAGACAAGUAAAGCGUCAUCUUUGAAAUGUCAAUUAUUGAAGUAUGUUUCUAUCUGGUGCCAUGUGAUCUUUCAAAGCUCUGCUUGAGAAAACAUCCUAAUAUUUUCUGUUGUUUUCUUUUAAUCUAUCUAAGUGGAAGGAGGCGCAUAAAGCUAAGAUGGAAAACCUUUUACACGUAAACCCUGGUUGUAUUGACGCUGUAGUUUGAAAACUUGGAACAUUUGCAUUAAUGUUGGGAUUUGAGUAGAGCUACAACUAUUUGGAUCAUUGUUUUACUCAUUUGAAUAUUUCUUUUUAUAUUAAGAUAACAAGAUAAAAUAAUCUGAUUCCA